GGAAACCAAUUAAACACAGUACCCUCUUCAAAAUUAGCUAGCCAGAGAAAUGGUUCUGAAAUUUGCUUAUAUCAUAGUAAUUUUGAUGAUAUGGUGCAUGUAUCCAUUAACAUCUGCACAGUAUCUCGAUGAGACUAUAACAUCCUCGCAGUACGAGAAUAUGACUAUAGCACGACCAGGUUGUGAUAGGAAAUGUGGAAAUGUUUUCAUUCCUUUCCCUUUCGGAAUGGGCAGGGAAAAUUGCUAUGCAAGCUCGUGGUUUGAAAUAGAUUGCAGAAACAAUAAUACUACUACUAAUUCAUCAGGUGAACAGAAACCUUACCUCAAAUACAUAGAUUUGGAGGUAAAAUUCAUUGAUCUCUGGAAUGAGGCUUUGAUCAUCAUGAACCCUAUUUAUCAGAGUGGGAAGAACUGUGAAAGGGACAAGACAGGAGGAAUAAAUCUGAAAGGAGGAAGUCCUUUUGUGUAUUCCGCGCGUUACAACACAUUCCUGGCCGUAGGUUGCGGAAACACUGCUUCCUUCUGGUCAAACGGAGAGGAAGUUAGAGCUUGUGCUUCCAUGUGCAAUGGCGAUGACCUCAUCAAAGUUGCUAAUUGUCGUGGCAGAAAAUGCUGCCAGACGUCACUUCCGCGGCAUCUUUCAGAAUAUAACGUGAGUUUUGAUGGGCAAGAGUGUGCUUACGGGCUGAUUAUAGCAGUUAGGUUGGGUUACUGGAAUCUGACGAUUAAGGACGUAAAGCAUUUAAAUGAAGUUCCUGCAGUGCUUGAAUGGGAGAUUCCAUUUGACACUUUUUACUCUAACAUUUCCUUCCUUAUUGACCCUGCUGUUGCUAUCUGCUACAACACUUCUCUUAAACAACAUCCAGACUACUAUUCUGGUAAACUUUGUCGGUGCAGGUAUGACGACGACGACGACUUCAAGGGCAGUCCCUACAUCCGGGGAAGCUGCAAAGGCCCGCCGCCGCCGCCGCCGCCAGACAUCAAAAGUCAUGGGAAGUGGGCCAUAAUAGGAGUUUUUUCAAGCCUCGGGACCAUCAUUCUACUCUUUGGUUUGUGGUGGUUGCGUAAAGUUGUAAGGAAAAAGAUAGCAAAGAAACGCAAAGAAAAGUUCUUCAAACAAAAUGGAGGAUUGUUGUUAGAACAAAGACUAUCUACUGGUGAAGAUAAUGUUGACAAAACUAAACUCUUUAGCUUAAAGGAAUUAGGAAAGGCCACUGAUCACUUUAAUAUAAAUAGAAUACUUGGAAAAGGAGGUCAAGGUACAGUUUACAAAGGUAUGUUAGUAGAUGGAAAAAUUGUUGCAGUGAAAAAAUUUAAGGUCAACGGAAAUGUUGAAGAAUUCAUCAACGAAUUUGUCAUUCUUUCACAAAUUAACCACAGAAAUGUGGUUAAGUUGUUAGGAUGUUGUUUGGAGACUGAAAUCCCAUUGCUUGUUUAUGAAUUCAUUCCCAAUGGUAACCUUUAUGAAUAUUUACUUGGACAAAAUGAUGAGUUACCAAAUGCUUGGGAAAUGCGUUUGAGAAUUGCCACUGAAGUUGCUGGAGCUCUAUUUUACUUGCACUCAGCUGCUUCUCAACCCAUUUAUCAUAGAGAUGUGAAGUCAACAAAUAUAUUAUUGGAUGAGAAGUAUAAGGCAAAAGUAGCAGACUUUGGUGCAUCAAGAAUGGUUUCCAUUGAAGCCACUCACCUCACUACAGCAGUUCAAGGAACUUUUGGAUACUUAGAUCCUGAAUAUUUUCAGACGAGUCAAUUCACAGAGAAGAGUGAUGUCUACAGCUUUGGAGUGGUUCUUGUUGAACUUUUAACAGGACAAAAACCAAUAUCCUCAGUGAAAGAACAAGGACUUCAAAGUUUAGCUUCGUAUUUUCUUCUUUGUAUGGAGGAAAAUCGUUUGUUUGAUAUUGUUGAUGCAAGAGUCAUGCAGGAAGGGGAGAAAGAACACAUCAUUGUAGUUGCCAAUCUUGUAAGAAGAUGCUUACAGUUGAAUGGUAGAAAGCGACCAACUAUGAAAGAAGUCUCAUUAGAAUUGGAAAGAAUCCAAAAACUGGGAAAACAGUGUAAUGCACAAGAGCACCAAGAAGAACUUGAGCUUGCUGGAAAUGAAGAUAGCCAAUUUUGGGCUGCGUAUUCUACAACUUCGACUGCAGGGCAAACUUCAGACAGCAAAACAUCAACCUUGGAGAUUAUGCCUAUUCUUAUCAAAUAAUUGUUGAAUUCUCUUAACUUUUGUUGUGUGAAAAAUUAAUAAUAAAAAAAAAAAAACCAUUUUGGUUAGACACAUGGAAGAAUGUAACGUUCAAAAGCAUAAUUAUGGUAUGAUAGAACCUUGUUCCUUGUAAGCUAUUCAAGGAGGUAGCUUAAAACUAUGAAAAAUAGCCAAUCUUUUUAUCAUGACUUAAAUAAUCCUCCGAUGAGUUUUCAUCU